AUGUACGGUGCAUUCAACUGUCCAAAGGACGACGGGCAGUUCGAGGAUUCGCGCCAGUGCGACAAGUACUACGAGUGCAUCGAUGGCCUGCCGAUCGAGAAGUACUGCCCGGACGGUCUAGUUUUCGACCCGCAGAUCCGGAAAGUCAACAAGUGCGACCACGUCUUCAACGUUGACUGCGGCGAGCGUCUCGAGCUACAGCCACCCCAGCCGACGAAGAAGUGUCCGAGGAAGAAUGGGUUCUUUGCGCAUCCCGAGCCCGCGGUUUGCAAUGUGUUCUACAACUGCAUCGAUGGAGAGGCCGUAGAAGUUAUCUGCACCACGGGCUUGCACUUUGAUGAAUACUCGGGGACGUGCGUGUGGCCCGAGAGCGCGGGACGACAGGGCUGCGGUGCGGUGGACAAAAAACUCAUGGACGGCUUUGAGUGCCCGAAGGACGCUGAGCUCAACAGCCACGGCCAAACCGUCGAUCACCCCAAGUUCGCCCAUCCCGAGGACUGUCGGAAAUUUUACGUCUGCCUGAACGGCGUGACGCCUCGCGAGCAGGGCUGCAACGAGGGCACCGUCUACAACGAUCGCACCCAGCAGUGCGACGACCCGAAAAAUGUUCCCGGAUGCGAGGACUGGUAUCAGGAGGACGAGAAACCGUACAAGAAGCCGUGA